CUAGUACUAUUACACACAUACAUACAACCAGCAGAAAAAAAGACCCUGCGGCUAGGCCGUGACAUCAUCAUCACCGGAGUCCUCGGCGCCGCGGACCCAGCCGAGGAAAAACAGGGGCAGCAGCGACGAGGCCGCGCACGUGACAAUGAGCGGCGAGAGGUUCGAAAAGUCCGUCUCCGAGACGUGGAACGCGUCCGUGAGCAGGGCGCCCGCCUCCGUGGACACGAUGCCGCCGAGGUUGAAAAUCGACAUGAGCGCCGCGAACAGCGCGCCCUCGAUGCCCGGCGGGCAGAUCUUCGCCGCGAGCACGAGGAGGGGCAGGAAGCCCACCUCGCCGAGGGCCGACUGGACGACGUCGUCGCCGAGCGAAAAGAGGCGGUCGUCGAGGCCCCAGGCGCGGUUCGCGUGCGAGACGAGCGCCAGCGGCGCGAGCCCGAUGAUCGCGGACGCGACGGACGACCAGAGGAUGACGCUGCUGAGCCGGGCCUCCUUGAAGAGGCCGUUGUACGCGGCGACGCCGACGAGCCCCGCCACGGACCCGGCCGCGCUCGCGCGGCCGAGGAAGUCCGGGUCGAAGCCGAGCCCGCCCGCGUCGACGCUCGCCGUCGAGAAGUAGAAGAACGCGCUCCCGCAGUUGGGCGUCGCCUGCCACAGGAACAGAAACGCCGCCGGCCGCAGGAUCUCCGGCGACAGCAGCGCGUCCUUGAGCCGGCCGAGGACCGCGCCGGCCUCGCGCCAGGCCGCGCCGUCCGCCCUCUCCUCCGACGGCGCCUCGCGGACCGUCAGCGCGACGGCCGUCAGCAGCAGCGGCAGCGCCGCCGUCGCGCCGAAGCAGCCGCGCGCGCCCAGGACCCGGAUCGCCUCGCCCGACAGGAGCGCCGCGCCGAUCGCGCCGACGUAGCGCGAGCCCCAGGCCACCGACUGGAGCGACGCCGCCUCGGCCUCGUCGCGCGCCUUCUCGACGACGAGCGAGUCGACGACGACGUCCGAGAGCGCGACGGCGGCCGACGCGACCAGGUUCGCGAACAGCAGCGCCUCCGUCGUGCCCGACGCGACGGUCGCCAUGGCGCCGAAGGACAGGGCGCCCAGCACGCCGCUGAGCGCCAGGUACGACUUCCGCCGGUAGCCCAGGAGCGGCGUCGAGUCGGAGAGGAGCCCGUAGAGCGGCUUGACGACCCACGGCGCCGACGCGAGCCCCGUGAGCGCGGCGAGAUCCGCGGGCGAGAGCCCGAGCUCGUCCUUGAGGUAGAAGUUCAGCGCGAGCCGCGAGAGGCCGAGGGCGCCCUGGAGGAAGUAGCAGGUCACGACGAGGAGGACCUCCGGGUCCAGCGACAGCGACGGCGGCCGCCCGUCGUCGUCGCCGUCGUCCGAGCGCUGCACGGGCACGGCCGCGAGCCGGGCGCGGCGCCGGCGAACCGGCUUGACGAUCUGUGCGGCAUGCGUAGGCGUAGCUCGCGUCGUGGGGACAGGUGCUGCUUUCAGAGGUGUCCGAGGCGCCAGCAGCGCUUGGGCAUGCAGCAAUGCAUGAGCGAUGGCGACGCAACGCAGCAUCGUCGAUGUGUUGUUACUUCGACGGUUAUUAAUGCUGUCGUGGCCACGACUUUUUGCGCUCAGCUGGCACACAAGCAGCACCCCCCCUCCAAGCUCUUACCCUAG